CACCUCGCGGUGCCCUUCACCUCAGCCGAAGGAGGCGGCGGCGGCGGCGGCUCCGGUACAGGCGAGAUGAGCCUCAGGAUCAAUUCCAUCCCCCUGCAGUUCCUGCCCGAUGAGGCCCGGAGCCUGCCACCCCCGAAGCUGACAGACCCGCGGAUCCUCUACGCGGGCUUCAUGGGCUACUGCGCUGGGCUAUUGGACAACCUGCUGCACCGCCGCCCGGUGCUGGUCGCUGGAUUACAUCGCCAGCUCCUGUAUGUCACUUCAUUCUUUUUUGUGGGAUAUUAUCUUAUUAAACGCCAAGACUUUAAGUAUGCUGAAAGGGACCGUGAUAUGUUUAAAUAUAUGAGACUGCAUCCAGAGGAUUACAAAGAAGAAGAAAAGAAAACUUAUGCUGAAAUUCUUGAAGACUUCCAUCCAAUUCGCUGAAACUUCUCCCACUGCCUGCUUUUAUCUCUUUCCCAAGAGCUUUUGUUAUUGAACUUAAUAGGAUGUAUUUCUAAUAUAUCUCAAAUUCAUGCAUAAUGAAAAAACUUACGGUCUUGUUAUUAAAUGAAUGACAUGAA